UGCAGAAGAUCCAGGUAUAUAAGACGUGCAGCAGGGAACCUCCAGUCACAGUUGCACUGCUUGGUGGAUCGCCAUGUCGUCUGCAGCCCUUUCCUUCGGCGCCCUCGCUCUCCUGGUGUGCUUGGCAGCUUCGAGCAGCGAUGACACACGCUUCCAGUGUGUGACGGAAGGUCGCUUUCCUCACCCUAAUGACUGCGGGAGUUAUAUUGACUGUCUGCCGGACACUAUGCAGGUGCAUUCCUGCAACGGAGGAGCGUUCCACCCGAUUUACAGGACGUGCGUGGCCCUCGAUCAGGUACCCACCUGCCAUCCCCGAAAAGGGCGCUCCGUAACUGCCGACCCGAAGCUGGAGUUUGCUUGCGAAGGAGCGCUGAGCGAAUUCGUGUGCGUCGACUGCAAGACCUUGGUCAACUGCGUGAACGGCACCGCCUACCCCGAGCCCUGCGGCGACGGCGACAUGUGCUCCGUCAGGGAGUCGCAGUUCGGCGGCGGCGUCUGCUACCCCGCCGAGCCCAAGGAGUGCACCUGCUCCAAGCCCAACGAGUUUCACGUGGAUUACUACGACCCCAGCAAGUUCUUGUUCUGCCAGGACGCCGAUACCGACCCCAUUAUCUACCAGUGCCCCGAGGACCACGUCUUCGACCCCGUCAUGAGCCAGUGCAGGAACAGCGCGGGUCUUCCUGAGUGCAGCAGCAUCGGCGUCUUCGCCAAUCCAGAGAACUGCACGCAAUAUUACACCUGCAUUUUCACCACGAGCGGCUGGGUCCAGAAGCCGUUCUCCUGCAUCAACGAAACAGAUCCGUUCCUCAUGUACAACGAAGCCUCGGGGGUGUGCGAGGACCCGUGCCAGUGGAACACAGGGAAAUUCUCCUGCGUCGCGGAGGGCCGUUACCCCGAUCCCCUCAGCUGCUCUCGCUACUUCGAGUGUGUCGUGGACGAGGCAGAGGAAACGGGCUUCCGCCAGGAGUUGCACGAAUGCCCUGAAGGUUACGUGUGGGACCCCAGCGCCAGGGGAGACUUCGGUCACUGUGUUCCUGGAGGGCGCGAGCAAAACGGCCUGUUCGCCAGUCACCAUUAACAAGUGCACCAUCCCAGACAACUGGUGCGACAACACCAUCCAGUAAGUUCUUCAAGUGCUGACAUUCCCUCCGCUUUCUCCUUUCCCGGUCUUAGUAAUAAAACAGGGAACAGGGACAGCACAGGGUGUCUGUUAUCACGAAUGUACAACAACAGGAUUCAGAAGGACACGAGCACUGUCGCCUGUGUAUUCUGAUCCCAUCCCCGCAGAUUCAGAGACUGCUCUGUAUGAGUUUCUUUCUGUGUGAUUCCGGGAACUUAUCAA